AUGACUGGUCGCGGUAAGGGAGGAAAGGGAUUGGGAAAAGGAGGAGCGAAGCGUCACAGGAAAGUUCUUCGCGAUAACAUCCAGGGUAUCACCAAGCCGGCUAUCCGUCGUCUGGCUCGACGUGGUGGCGUCAAGCGUAUCUCCGGCUUGAUCUACGAGGAAACUCGUGGUGUGCUGAAGGUCUUCCUCGAGAACGUUAUUCGCGAUGCUGUAACCUACACCGAACACGCGAAAAGGAAGACCGUAACUGCCAUGGACGUCGUCUACGCCCUGAAACGUCAAGGCAGAACUCUAUACGGCUUUGGUGGUUAAGCGAGGGACAGUGACCUCUCUUUCUCCCUCUCAAAUCAA